AUGGUCCCUCAUGCUCUCAUCGACCGUCGACCACGGGUUGAUCCGCGAGGCAUCGCUGCUGCCGCCCCAUCGCCGCGAGGCUUCACUGUUGCCGCCAUCGAGGGAGGCGUCACCGCCCCACUUAAUGCCUCCAUGGUGCUGACCUGGGCCCCAGCCGCCGGCUCCGGAACUCGGACUCCGAACCGCGAGGCCCAGCUCAUCCAUCCGACCCGCAAGGCCCGGUUCCUCCGUCUGACCCUCGAGGUCCCGGCUCGGUGUAAGACUGUUAUUAAACAUGUCUUCGCUCAAGAGAAUGAUGUGUUGUGGCAUCAGCAUAAAAGUGGACCUAAGAAGCUGCUUGACCUGCUGGAUUCUUUCAGUGUUAUGUUUUGUAUUCAGGAAAGUCUGCAAUUUUUAAGUAUGUGGUACCUGCACACAGAUGAGAUGGCAGAGCCAAAAAUCUCCAAGUCCAUUGCCUAUGCAAAGCAAAGCUGGUCAAAGGAAGAUGUGAGGAGGAUGCAGAUGAGAAUAAAUUUUUUCAUCAAAAUGGCGGCUGUGAUUAAUACACACCGGACCACCGGAUUCCGCAUUCCCCAGGUGUCAGUUCACCCUGCCAGCGAUGAAGUCGAACAGAUGGAGAAUGGACAAAGCAGUUUGUUUAGAUGGACAAAAAGGAUACCCGUUUUGGACCCAGCAGGAAACAUGUACUACACUUGGCUCAUGAUAAUUACUAUGCCAGUGAUGUAUAACUGGACAUUGAUCAUAGCAAGAGCAUGUUUUGAUGAACUCCAAGCAGAUUACUUGAUCGCAUGGUUCAUCCUUGAUUAUGUAUCAGAUGUUAUUUACAUAAUUGACAUGUUGUUAAGGACAAGGACAGGUUAUCUGGAACAAGGUCUCUUAGUCCAUGAUGAAAAUAAGCUCAGAGAAAAUUAUUUUUCUACACUGCAGUUUAAAUUAGACAUGUUCUCACUCAUACCAACUGAUAUUCUGUAUUUCCUUUUGGGACUAAAAUAUCCAGAAAUUAGAUUAAAUCGUUUGACUCGGAUCAGUCGAAUGUUUGAGUUUGUGUCAAGAACUGAAACAAGAACAAACUACCCGAAUAUUUUCAGAAUAUCCAAUCUUGUCAUGUACAUCGUAAUUAUCAUCCAUUGGAAUGCUUGCGUGUACUAUUCAAUUUCAAAGGCUAUAGGGUUUGGAACGGACACAUGGGUAUAUCCAGAUGUAACCAUUCCAGAAUUUUCUCGGCUUGCUAGGAAGUAUAUAUACAGCCUCUAUUGGUCAACACUGACACUAACCACCAUUGGGGAAACCCCUCCUCCAGUAUUGGAUUCAGAAUACUUUUUUGUGGUGGGCGAUUUCUUGGUUGGAGUGCUGAUUUUUGCCACCAUUGUUGGUAAUGUUGGUUCCAUGAUUUCCAACAUGAAUGCAGCUCGUGCAGAGUUUCAAUCAAGGAUUGAUGGCAUCAAACAGUACAUGCGCUUCCGAAAAGUCAGCAAAGAUUUGGAGAAGAGAGUUAUCAAAUGGUUUGACUACCUGUGGUCAAACAAAAAAGCUGUAGAUGAAAGAGAGGUCUUGAAGUAUCUUCCAGAUAAGCUCAGAGCAGAGAUUGCAAUCAACGUCCAUCUGGAUACACUGAAGAAAGUUCGCAUCUUUGCAGAUUGUGAAGCUGGCCUGCUAGUUGAGUUGGUAUUGAAGCUAAGACCCCAAGUGUAUAGCCCCGGCGAUUAUAUAUGUCGCAAAGGAGACAUUGGUAGAGAGAUGUACAUCAUCAAAGAAGGGAAGCUGGCAGUCGUUGCUGAUGAUGGAAUUACUCAGUUUGUGGUUCUCAGUGAUGGCAGCUACUUUGGUGAAAUUAGUAUUCUGAACAUCAAAGGUAGCAAAGCUGGGAACAGAAGAACAGCAAACAUUAAGAGUAUAGGCUACUCAGAUUUGUUCUGCCUCUCGAAGGAUGACCUCAUGGAAGCCCUCACGGAGUAUCCAGAUGCAAAAGCUAUGCUGGAGGAAAAGGGGAAACAGAUUCUCAUGAAGGAUGGUCUUCUGGAUCUGGAUAUUGCCCUGCUUGGAGCUGAUCCAAAGGAUAUAGAGGAUAAAGUGACAAGACUGGACCUUGCAAUUGAUCAUCUGCAGACCAAAUUUGCUCGCCUUCUGGCCGAAUACAAUGCUGCACAACAGAAGCUAAAAGAAAGAGUGAUGAAGAUUGAGAACAAAAUAAAACAAUCAGGAGUACAGUUUGAUUAUUCAGGACUGAUAGAUGUUGAAGCAAAGGCCGAAGAUGAAGAGAUUCAAAAAGAAUAGUAUAAACAUGGAAAUUAAUAAUACAAUUUUAAUGUUUUUAACGUGAUUGAGAUGCAUCUCAGGAAGAAGAUUCACAGAAAAAUUGAAAUGUUAUGAAAAAAGACAUUUUAAUGUGCUGAUGGCAAAUUUUAUACAUAGACGUACAAUAGAAGCUGUACCUAUUAGCAGGUGGUUCAAGGACCAGUCAAGUGUUGGCCGAAUGGUAGAAGGGGCAAUAUGAAGACAAGCAUUUUACACAGAGAGUAACUACGACUUGGAACUUAUUACCUAUGAAGAUUUGAAUCAAAAUUCAAUGACUAUUUCAAAAGUGGAUUAGAACUCACUUGAGGAAAGUAAUUUACAGAGUCUGGGUAAACGUGACUUGCAGAUUACUCUACCAUUGAUGGGCUGAACGGAUUCCUUGAGUGUUCUAUGAUGCUGUAAAUAUUGAUGCAAAAUAGAUGCCAACUCAUUGUUGGGACUUUAUUGGAAAUUUUAUUGCAUAUUAUUGUUAGUGAUCUUUUUUGUUUCUUUCAGUCCCCAAAGUAAAAUAGCUAUGUUGUGUAUUUGUCAAUAAUGUU